AGCCCUCUGCCUUUUUGGCUUGCCCCUUGCUUUCCAUCCUGUUGCGCGGCGCAGGUGCGGUUGGCCACAGGCCAGACGAGACGCGACCCCCCUUCUCCUCUCUUUUGACCCGCCACCGCCCCCCAGCUCCCUGCCUGCCUGCCUCCCUCCUCCACUGUCGCCGCUCCUCUCCUCGGCUCCCUUCCUCGUUGAUGCGGCUCCUAUGAUCCGCCCUCGCUGCCCUCCGCCGCCGGUCUCUUGAUCCGUCCCCCGGCCCAAAGGAAGCGGACCCCGACCAAGAUUCCACCGCCUCCCGCGCUGUGCCAGCCUGACAGAUUCGCCCGGCCGGCGCCUCGAUUCAGCAUCUGGGCUCUGGGGGCUCCGGCGCUCCGUCCCCGGAGAUGUCCGCCGUCCAGGAGCAGUUCGAGAUCAAGUUCCGGCUGCCAGACGGCACCGACAUCGGGCCCAGGCGCUUCCCGCCGGCGUCCACCGUCGCCACGCUCAAGGAGACCAUCAUCGCCCAGUGGCCCAAAGAUAAGGAAAAAGGUCCGAGGACCGUGAAUGAUCUCAAGCUUAUUAAUGCUGGGAAGAUAUUGGAGAACAACAAAACCCUGUCAGAAUGCAAAAGCCCGAUUUGCGACUUCUCUGGGAUGACAACUAUGCAUGUCGUCGUCCGUGCACCAACUUCAGGAAAACAGUCGGAGAAAAGAGCAGCAAAGAAAGCGAAAGAUUUCAGGUGUGGCUGUGCCAUCAUGUGACAACAUUGUGAAUAGUAGCAAAAGAAUGUGGCUAUUUCAGUUCCUCCCCCCUCUUUUUCCGCUCGCUAGAGUGUUGUAUUAUGUCCGAGGCGCUUUCUCCUUUUAUUUCCUUCUGAUGUAUUGCGGGCAAGCAGCAGCAGUUACGUGUCCUUUAAUCAUGAGCUGCCUCAAGUACAAAAUUUGAAAAUUUGAAGGCAGUCCGCUGUUAACUACCCUUAAUCAUGAGUUAUGCCGUGCACACAAUUUGAAGCCCAUCACUGGUGUCUCAUUUACGAAAUCCAUCUUAUGCAACUCUGCAUGAUUUCA